AUGGCGACAGUUAUAAUUCAGUUUUGUAAUCGUUGUGAAGAAAGGAAAUAUUUAAAGCUAUGUAAGAAAUGUCUACAGUAUUUAUGUAGUGAUUGUAAGCGUGAACAUUUCUGCGGAGUUACCGCAGCACCUCCAACUAUCUAUAGUUCUAGUGAACACUUGAUAAAGAGCAUCGACAAUAAACCAUUCCAAUGUCGGACUCAUUUGAAGGAAGUCGUCCGUUUUUGUUUUACUUGCACCCUCCAACUUUGUGAGGAAUGCCUAGAUAACGAUCUCUCUGAGCAUAAAAACCACGUGAUAUACAACGUAGAUAACGCUGCUAAAGAGAUACGAAGGCAAACAGAUGAAAAAAUCGCAUCACUCAAAGUUAAGAUAGAAAAGGCUAGAAGGCAGAGACAUGAACUUGAUAAACAAAGGUUCAGUUCAACACACAGACAUAAUACUAGACGGCAGGUCACUAACCUCGCCUCUAAUCUGGCCUCUGCCAUAGUUGCCGCUAUUGAAGACCAGGCACGAUUAGAUAAAACAGUAGCUGCCGAAAGUGUAACAAAGCUUCAGAAGACUAUUGAUGUUUGGACGGACACCAACCGUACACUACAUAAAAUCUCUACAGCACCUCACAACCUAGAAAAUAUCCAUCUUUUCUGUAAAUAUAUAAAAGUUCAUGAAAAUUUGGAUUUACCUUCUAUAAAGACAACAGCUGAUUUUCCUGAUGAUAGAAAAUUUCAACACUCAGAACUUAUUCAAACCGAAUUAAGAUCAUUAGUGGAAUACUUAGAAGCGUUAACUGGUAUCAAUGUUCCCUUGCCUGUGAAAACACAAGAAGAAAUAGAGAGACUUGCAACCGCCUAUGAUCGAGAAAUGACAAUGGUUGAUUUGGCUACCAACCCAGCGUCCAGACCACAAUCAAGAAUUAGUAUUAAAACAAACAUGACAGCGACUACAAUGCUGACUAAAUACGAAGAAGAUUCCAUCAUGUAUAUCAAAAGUGAAAAUCAAGCUUUGAAAAUGGAACUCAGUAAACUUAGAAAACAGACAAAAGAAAUGAUGCAUGCGACAUCCCUUCUAUCGAACUACUGCACAAACGUGAUGACGUUUUCCUUGAUGCAGGAGGAUGAUAUACUGGAUGCCCUAAGAAAACCCAUGGUGGACGAUGAUGAAUUAUCUGAGUUCUAUCAUAGCAUCUCAUCUGUUGGUCAUUCCUUCUCAAAACUAAAGAGCAAGAUACUGAAUGUUGAAAGCACUGAUAUGGGAUCCUUUGAAGACCUCCAGAACAACACGGAUGACACUAAAAGUAUUCAAACAAGGAUGACCAUUGAAACUGUAGCCAAUCACAGCAUAGCAGAAACAGUAUCCACUACUAUCCACGACAAAGUCAGCGAGUUACCUCCCAUAUCACAGAAGAGCAGUAGACCAAACAGCAUUAUUUACAUGUACUCUAAAUUGUAUGAUAAUGAGUGGAGUGAUGCCUUAGACGUGCUGACACAGUCUGGAAAACGAUGGGCUAUGGACCUCGUCAUAAAACAUCUAUACAUAGUCAUAAAGGCUUGUUACAAAAUAUGUAAACAUAUAGAAGAGCAACAGCUACAAGAUCUGAUUGACACAGUGUUUCUCUCAAAUAAUGGCCGAAGGCUCCCUCUAACAGAUAUAAAGGCAAUAAUGGAUUUACGUAGACGAAUAGCAGUUGAUACAGCCAUAAACAUCAGACAGAACAUACCAAAGAUGGACCAGUUUCAAUCAGAGCUGACCAAGUGCUCAUUUAAAAAGGACAAGUUACUUAAACAAAUAUACGAUACUCCAUUUUACGGUAAAUGUGUAUAUUUAUGCUGGUGCAUGACCUUAGAGGAGCCCCCGUUGUGUUUAGACAAAGAACCACCGAAAGGAUCAGUAGUUGACAAAGAUUUAUAUAGAGAAUUUACCAAGGGAGGAAAAAGAAUUGAGUAUUGUGUAUGGCCACCAUUACUUCUUAAGGAGGAUGGCGAGAUUCUAGUUAAAGGAAUUGUACAAGUUCGUUAAGUAAAUGUACAAUCAGACGAGGAAAUGAUACAAAAUAAAACAAACACAAGUGUACAACGUUA